AUGGAGAUGUUGCUGGUCCGGGAGGAUAUAUGGCACAUCAUCUCCGAACCCCAAGUGAACGCAGUAACAGAUGCGUGGACGGAGACAGGCGCAAAGGUUUGGGUGACAAUCGGGCUCUGCAUUGAAGACGACCAGGCAAGUUUGGUGCACAUUUGUGCGAAUGCGAAGGACAUAUGGGAUGCGGUGAAGACCUAUCACAACAAGGGGUCGGAGGUCUACCUCCUGAAGAAGCUGAUGCAUCUGGAGCUCAAGGAGGGCGACGAUAUGGGGCAACACUUGCAGACUUUUUCCUGUCUGCUGCAACGUAUCGCCAAUGUUGGUGACAAGAUUCCCGAAAAGCUGCAAGUCGCAAUGUUGUACCAUCUUGUUACGGCAUUAGAGCAACGACCACGGGACUAA